UUAACGGUUCAUAGUUGUAGACUAGAUAGUUCAUUAAAUUUUACACUAACGAUAGUAACCACGUCAUACGAUCUUUGCUGAUGUAAAGUGUCAGUUUAAAAAAUUCAAUGUGCUGAACUCAUCGAAAAAACUUCCAUUCAAUACACAAAGAUGGUUCAGGACCUCAAAAUUCAGCAGACAGCAACUGAUAUUGAGUGAUCAACACGUGAAAGAUGCAUCAUCAAAAUAAAUAUUUAAAAUAACGAACUUAUGAUUUUUGAAUUAUUUAUCAUUGUAUUAGUGAACAUGUAAAAACGAGCCUUUGAUUGUAUUUGUUUAUUUACAGUUUUAUUUGAGACGUUUCUAUCAAAAAUGAGGAAAUUAAGCAGUUUUCUGCUAAUUAAACGAACAUUCUGCAAUGCAACCAAGACUGCAAUUAAAGAAUCUACAGCAGAAAAAUCAUAUCCACGAAUGUCAGGAUGGCAAAUUCAUUCAUAUGGUGAAUUAGACGAAGUGCAAUUCUCGAAAAAUGUUAAAAAGCCUUACAUUAGGUCACCAAAAGAGCUAUUAGUCAAAGUAGAUGCAAGCAGUGUAAAUCCGCUGGAUGUUGCAAUGAUAAAUGGAUAUGGAUCGGCUUUUCUUAAUUCCAUUAGAUGCAAUACAGAUAACAUAGAAUUUCCAUUAAUACUCGGAAGAGACUUUGUAGGAACUGUCGUACAUAAAGGACUAGAUAAUAAAGAUUAUAAAAUAGGUGAUAAAAUUUGGGGAGUAGUUCCAGUUCAAAAGCAGGGAUGUCAUUCUGAGUUUGUGGCUGUUGAUAGCUGUUAUGUAUCGAAAAAGCCUAAAAACAUUAGUGACGUAGAAGCGGCUGCAAUACUUUAUGCUGGUUUAACAGCUUAUUCUGGAAUAUUUUUAUCAGCACAACUUAAUGGACUUUCUGGUUUGCUGUGCAGUUCAGUUCAAGGCAAUGGAGUUGGCAAGAAAGUACUAGUGCUCGGCGGUGCAGGCGGUGUUGGACAUAUAGCUAUUCAAAUUUUACAAGCAGAAGGUGCUGAAGUGCUUACAACAUGCUCACAAAAUGCAGUUCCAUUAGUUGAAAAUCUUGGAGUGUCCAAAGUCAUCGACUAUACAACAGUUGAAAGUGAUAAAAUUCUAAUCGAUGAAUCUCCUUAUGACUUAAUCCUCGAUUGUGCAUCCAAAGGUGCUGAAUAUGCUAAUGUACAUCCAUGGAAGUUUAAAAAUUAUGUCACAUUCAAGUCACCACUAUUGAAGAACUUUGAUGAGAAAGGAAUGCUUUUUGGUGGAUUAAAUAACUUGAAAGACUUGCUGUCACAGAACAUUAGUGCUCUAUAUAGUAAUGGAGUCGUUAAAUGGGGAUACUUUGUUCCAUUAAAGAACGGAAUUUCAUAUUUGACUAAACUUGUUGAAAAGGAACAGCUUGUACCGAUAAUAGACUCGAAAUUCUCAUAUGGUGAGCUUCCUAAGGCUUACGAGAAAGUAUAUAGUGGUCAUUUGAGAGGAAAAGUUGUCAUAGAGUAUUAAAUUAUUUUUUG